GCUCUACCUCUCGCGCGCCGAGGCGGAUCAUGCUCGCCGUGCCUGGCCUACGGCUCCUGACUCUCCUCCCGCGCCGGGGGCCUCCGCAAGCCAGCUGGGCAGCUUCCGCGGCGGCGAACGGGGCGAAGCCCGCGGGGCCAGGAGAGCAAGGACCGCCCUUCGACCCCGGGCUGCUGGAGAUCCUUGUGUGCCCCCUGUCGAAAAAGCCGCUCAGAUACGAUGAGUCCACAAAUGAGUUAAUUAAUGAAGAACUAGGCAUAGCCUACCCUAUCAUAGAUGGCAUUCCUAAUAUGAUACCUCAGGCGGCAAGAAUGAUUGGCAAGGACAAGCAAGAAACAGAAUCUCAGCAGACCUAGAAGACUAUCCUCUUGA